GAGGUAUGUAGAAUCCGCUCCUCUGAUUGGCUCGGAAGGCUCCGUCAAUGGUCUUGCGAAAUUUUUUCCAAACAAAAAUGAGGUAUUGAAGCGAGAACUUUUAGUCCGACCAGCCUCUGCGAUACUCACAGUCCACACAUUUGCACGGAUUUAAACUCCUCCUUUGGACUGACUGAACGGGACGCCGAACUACGCUGUUCGUUGUGUGAUACAAAGUAACCGAAAGGAAUCGUUUUUGCUACUUUGUAGCAGUGGAUAUUGACUUUGGUUGUAAAUCUAAAACAAAUAUGACUUCAUUCAAUAAGGGACCAGCCUACGGGUUAUCAGCAGAGGUGAAAAGCAAAAUCGCAGGCAAAUAUGACAUGCAAAAGGAGGAGGAGCUUCGGUUCUGGAUCGAGGAGGUGACGGCGAUGGCCAUUGGCGAGAACUUCCAGAAGGGCCUAAAGGAUGGAGUCAUCCUGGGAGAAUUGAUAAACAAACUGCAACCUGGCUCGAUAAAGAAAAUUAACCACUCACAACUGAACUGGCACAAGCUGGAGAACCUUGGCAACUUCAUCAAAGCCAUCCUGGCCUACGGCAUGAAGCCCAAUGACAUCUUCGAGGCCAAUGACCUGUUUGAGAACGGCAACAUGACCCAAGUCCAGAGCACAUUGCUCUCCCUUGCUAGCAUAGCAAAGACCAAAGGCAUGCACACAUCGUGUGACAUUGGUGUGAAAUACGCAGACAAACAGACACGCCAUUUUGAUGACGAUAAGAUCAAGGCUGGACAAUGCGUCAUCGGACUGCAGAUGGGGACUAACAAGUGUGCGAGCCAGGCUGGUAUGACAGCAUAUGGGACCAGAAGACAUCUUUACGACCCAAGGUCCCAGACAGACAAGCCUUAUGACCAGACCACCAUCAGUCUGCAGAUGGGUACCAACAAAGGAGCCAGCCAGGCUGGUAUGUCCUGCCCGGGAACGCGUCGGGACAUCUUCGACAAUAAGCAGGUGCAUCCAGUGGACAACUCCACCAUCUCCCUGCAGAUGGGCACCAACAAGGUGGCGUCCCAGAAAGGCAUGAGUGCGUACGGGCUGGGACGCCAGGUGUACGACCCCAAGUACUGCGGCUCGCCCACUGAGCCCGUCAUACAUGCCAACGGGAGCCAAGGCACGGGCACCAACUGCUCUGAGAUCAGCGACAGUGACUAUCAGGCAGAGGAAUUCCUCCAGGAGGGAGAGGGGGAGGAGUACCCAGUGGCUUAUCAGGAAGAGGACAACUACAGCGACGUGGCCCACUACAACAACAUCGACCAGGGAAUCGACUAUUAGGGCUGUCCGGGGCCAUCCGGCACUAGCCUGGUCCCAAAUUAGUUUGUGCUGUCUUGUCAAUGACCAUAGGUGUUGGCAAGACCGCACAAACAGAUCUGGGACCAGGUUAAUCCGGCGCCACCUUAAAACCACAACGACCGCUAGACGGAGCAGUAUUAAACCAGUGUAUUUUAUUGAUGACAAACAGAGCAAGUCUUUUGCUAUCCUCGCUAAUCUUUAACUUUUUUUAAAAAUUGAAGCACAAGAGAUAAAUAUUGUCGAGUGCGUUCCUUCUCCACCACCUCCCCAACUCUCCUUCCAUUUGAGCAGUAGUGUUCAUGCCGAUGUCGUUAAAGCAUAAAGUGCUGAGAUACAGUGUUGGAGAUGCUAUAUUAUUAUACUAUUACAUUAUGAAGUAUGGGACACUGAAGUAAAGAUAAAUUUUGCCAACUUUGUAGCAUUUGCAACCAUUCUACUUUUUAAAAAUAAUUUAUCCCUUAGACUUCUUUUACUGAUCAUAUCAUCCCUUUAAAGGAAUUAAUUCACCAACUGCUUUGGUUUCUGCCAACGUAAAAGGACCAAUUAUUACCUUUUUUUUUACAUCAAUACAAUUGAGUGAGCCUCAGAGUAACCAGUGGCCGUCUCGUCUUUACAUUUUUUGGUAUGUUUCAAUACAAAUCACUGCACCAUUUAUUUUCCUAAAAUCGCACAGAGUAAUUUCUAAUGGCUAUUCCAUUAGACCAGAUGCAUACAGUAGGGCUAGUCUUAUUGUGCCAUGUCUCAUGUUCUUAUAGCCCUCCAUUCCCACCUGUAUUUAUUGCCAUGUCUCUCAUUAUAAACUAGUGUGGUGUCUGAAAAGGCACCCUAUUCCCUAUAUAGUGCACUACUUUUAGCCAGGGCUCUGGUCUAAAGUAGUGCACUAUAUAGGGUUCUAUUUCAGACGCAGCCUGUCCUGUUAUGUAAUUAUUUUUUAUUUUUUUUAAAGCAAAAAAUGUAUGUUCCAAAUAAAGCCUAUUCCUUGGUUCUCCAAGCUUU